CGGCUGAUGAAGACGGUGGCAUAACUGUGAAUAGUAGUAAUGAAUAUGGUGUUUAUGUAAAUAGUCCACCUACGCCGUUUAUGAAUACUGGUCCAACUGCGCGCUUACCAGAAACAAAGCCGUCGAGUGACGGAGUGAGGAACUGGAUCUGGCAGUGGAUCGGAGGAAGGAUGAGAGGCGGUGGGGGAUCUGUUCCGGCUGUGGCUUUUCCAUGGUGGAGGGAAGAUGAGGAUGUUGGGAUGGAGGCGUUAAAGAUCGCACCGGCUGAGAAGGGGAAGGCAGCGGAGGAGGUCGAUAUGAAGGAGAAGGCGGUGGUGGUGGUGGAGGAGGAGACCGGGUGGAGGUGCUGGAAACACCCGAUGCAGUCUCCCGGAGGAGUCUGCGCAUCUUGCCUCCGCGAUCGCCUUCUCCGCCUCUGUCCCAACUGUGCGGGCCUCCGCCCCUGCAGCUGCUUCGCCUCGCCUUCCUCCUCCCGCUCCUCCUCUUCCGGAUCCCCCAGAUCAUGCCGAUGGAUUUCCGGCGAUGAAGCCGGUUUAGGACCGGUAGGGACCGUCUCCCGGCUCAUCGCCAGCGAGCCGGCCUUCCGGCGGUCGCGUUCGGUCGGGAUCCCUCUCGUUCGGUCGCGAUCGGUGGCCGCCGCUCCUGCCGCGUGCGACGAUCCGUCGCCUUCCUCGACGGAAAGGGGCGGGAGAAGGGGCUGGGCCUUCUUCUGGCCAUUCUCGAGGUCGGCGGGGGAGGGCAAGAAGGUCAUUCCGCCGCUAGGGCUGUUCCGAUCCAGGACGGUGGCUGCGGGGCGUUCGUCGAUGAGCGGAGGGGGCGUGCGAGAAGAGGAGGCGAAGAGGAAAUCGGGGCGGAGGUGGCACUUUCCCAGCCCGAUGAAGGUGUUCCGGCAGCGAAAGCAGGCGGCGAAGACGGCGGGGCACGGACGCUCGCCGAUGUGGCACGGGUGAAGUACUAAUUUCUCAAUCGCUACCGUUUUAUCUCCGAUUAGUUUAUACAAUUAUUACGAUUAUACUAUUAACGUUGCUGGUAAUGUAACAGAAUUUAGUUCGACUUCCUUAAUCUUAAUUUAUCGGCUCAUAUUGUUGGUUACUAAAUUAUAAUGAAUUAUUCUAAACUUAUUUUCGAUU